ACGUUACCCCUUAUAGCACAUUGCUCACCUGAAUACAACACCAAUAGCUACUUUGUACAACGCGGCUUAAUAAUAUUACAAAUUAAUCCAAAAUUCCCACUGGGAAUCUUAAUAUAUCUACUAGUUUAGUUUCAUGAACUAAUUUUAAAAAGUAUUUACAUAUCCAAACUCAAUGAAAGUUGAACCUGCGGUCGUCACGACAUGUUAACCGUGUUUUGUUUGGUACUUUAUAGGGUCGGAAACGCAUUCCUCCACCUGUUGUAUACUUUUAAACGAAUGUUGUUAUCUUCUUACAUUACGAAUAACUUAUACAAAAAGAAACCUAAUACCGUAAAGGCGAUGUCUGAAUAUAUUUACGAGUAUAUCCAUAUCUAGUAUCUAAAAACAAUCCUUGUUUCGUAAACGCGAUAUCAAAAAAUCUAUCUAUACCUAUCUAUAAAAAAAGUUCGUUUCGUAAAGAUGAUAUCAUGAAAUGUAUAUAAAAUACAUAUUAUAAAUCUAUAUGAAUUAUAUUUCAUUUCAAGGAUAUAACAUAAAAUCUAUAUAAAUUCGUAUUAAAAAUCUAUAUGAAAUAUAUUUAGGCCUCUACUAAUCUGUCGAGUAUUAGUCAAGGUCAAGUCGGGUUAACUGCACUUGUCUCCCCUGAUUCGUUGGCUUAGCUUUAGUGCAGCUCGAAGCUUUUAAGUCCGAGGUUCGAUUCCAUUUCGUUUCGCUCAACCGAGGUUCCAUUUGACGAGGUUAUCUGUUUGGGCUUGUUUACAUUGGAAGUGCAGCUGAUUAGAAGCGAAUCGCGUAGAGGCGUUUCCCAGUGCUCAGUUGAAAGUGAGAUCCGCAUAGAGAGGAUGCUGGAUGUGGUGGCCCUACUUCUGAUCGCCCUGGCAGUGGUCUUCUGGUUUGUGCGCACGCGAUACAGUUACUGGACCCGGCGGGGAAUCGGCUGUGAUCCGGCUCGGUUCCCCGUGGGCAAUAUGGACGGGUUCCGGAGAACGAGGCACUUCAUCGACAUUGUUACCCCGCUGUAUGAGAAGUUCAAGAACAAUGGAGCCCCCUUCGCGGGGUUUUUUAUGAUGCUGCGACCCGUGGUUUUGAUCACGGAUCUGGAACUGGCCAAGCAGAUCCUCAUACGGGACUUCGCCAACUUUGAGGAUCGUGGCAUGUACCACAAUGAGCGGGAUGAUCCCCUGACCGGUCAUCUCUUCCGCAUCGACGGACCCAAGUGGCGACCCUUGCGCCAGAAGAUGUCGCCCACUUUCAGCUCCGCCAAGAUGAAGUAUAUGUUUCCCACAGUUUGCGCCGUGGGCGUGGAGCUUGGUCAGGUGUGCGGCGAGUUGGCGGACAAUGCCAUGUGCGGCAUCAUCGAGAUCGGGGAUCUGAUGUCACGCUACACAUCCGAUGUGAUCGGGCGAUGUGCCUUUGGCGUGGAAUGCAAUGGGCUCCGAAACCCCGAGGCCGAGUUCGCCACCAUGGGCAGGAGAGCCUUCUCAGAGCGUCGGCAUUGCAAGCUGAUCGAUGGGUUCAUCGAGAGCUUUCCCGAUCUGGCCCGACUGCUGCGCAUGCGCCAGAUCCACCAGGACAUUACGGAUUUCUAUGUGGGCAUCGUCCGGGAAACUGUGAAGCAGCGGGAGGAGCAGGGCAUCGUGAGGAACGACUUUAUGAACCUGCUGAUCGAAAUGAAGCAGCGGGGCGAGCUCACCAUCGAGGAAAUGGCCGCCCAGGCUUUUAUAUUCUUUGUGGCGGGCUUUGACACCUCCGCUUCGACCCUGGGAUUUGCCCUUUACGAGUUGGCCAAACAGCCGGAGCUGCAGGAAAAGCUGCGCAAUGAAAUCGACGAGGCCCUACAACUGCAUCAGGGAGAAUUCACCUAUGAUUCCAUGCAGGAGCUUCGCUACAUGGAACUGGUCAUUGCAGAAACGCUUCGGAAGUAUCCAAUACUACCGCAGCUGACUCGGAUCUCCAGGCACUUGUAUGCCGCCAAGGGCGACCGACAUUUCUACAUUGAGCCCGACCAGAUGAUACUUAUCCCGGUCUACGGGAUCCACCACGAUCCCGCCCUGUAUCCCGAGCCCCACAAGUUCAUACCGGAGCGGUUCAUGGCCGAUCAACUGGCCCAGCGACCCACCGCCUCCUGGCUGCCCUUCGGCGAUGGCCCCAGAAACUGCAUUGGCAUGAGAUUCGGCAAAAUGCAGACGACCAUUGGCCUGGUCAACCUGCUCCGGAGCUUUCACUUCAGCGUCUGUCCGCGAACCGACCCGAAAAUCGAGUUUCUAAAGUCCAACAUUCUACUGUGCCCCGCCAAUGGCAUUUACCUGAAGGUCCAAAAGCUAAGCCAGCUGCGGAGAUAUUUGAUUAAAUACUUUUGCCGUCACUCUCAUUAUGUGGUAUACUUAGCCGAACGUGGACGGGAGAUGUCGCUGUUACUGUCGCUGAUCGUGGUUAUAGUGUCUCUGAUUUUAUUCGUGGCCCGCCGUCGCCACGGAUACUGGCAGAGGAGGGGUGUUCCGCACGAUGUGCCCCACCCACUUUUCGGAAACAUCAGGGACUGGCCCAAGAAGCGGCACAUUGCCCAGAUAUUCCAGGACUACUACUUCAAGUACAAAGACUCGGGUCACCCAUUCGCUGGGUUCUUCUUCUUUUUCACCCGGACUGCUGUGGUUACCGACUUGGAAUUGGUCAAGCGGGUGAUGAUCAAGGACUUCAAUCACUUUGAGAACCGCGGCGUCUUCUACAACGAGAUCGAUGAUCCACUUUCGGCCAAUUUGUUCAGCAUUGAUGGACAGAAGUGGCGUCAUUUGAGGCACAAACUCACACCAACCUUUACGUCCGGCAAAAUGAAGAACAUGUUUCCGAUAGUUGUGAAAGUUGGAGGCGAAAUGGAUAAGAUCUUCAGUGCUAAGACUGAAUUGGGCCAAAGUCCAGUUUUGGAGGUCGUUGAUUUGGUGGCACGCUACACCGCUGACGUAAUAGGUCACUGCGCGUUCGGUCUCAAUUGCAAUAGUUUGCACAAUCCCCAGGCAGAAUUUGUGACAAUUGGCAGGCGAGCCAUCACCGAACAUCGCUAUGGCAACAGGCUGGACAUAUUUCUGUUCGGAUUUCCCAAGUUGUCGCGUCGCCUGCGCCUAAAACUGAACAUUCAGGAGGCGGAGGACUUUUACACCAGGAUCGUGAGGGAAACCGUUGACUACCGAUUGAAGACCAAGGAGAAGCGACACGACUUUAUGGACAGUCUGAUAGAGAUGUACAAGAAUGAGCAGUCGGGAAACUCAGAGGAUGGCCUGACCUUCAACGAGCUAUUGGCCCAGGCUUUUAUUUUCUUUGUGGCCGGUUUCGAGACGAGCUCUACGACCAUGGGAUUCGCCCUCUACGAACUGGCCCGAAACCAGGAUGUGCAGGAUCGCCUCAGGGAUGAGAUUCAUGAUGUUCUGGGUAAGCACAACCACCAGUUCACCUACGAGGGAAUCAAGGAGAUGAAGUACCUGGAGCAGGUUGUGAUGGAAACCCUCCGCAAGUAUCCAGUUCUGGCUCAUCUUACGAGAAUGACCGAGACCGACUUUUCCCCUGAAGACCCGAAGUACUUUAUUGCCAAGGGCACUGUCGUUGUGAUUCCAGCUCUUGGCAUCCAUUAUGAUCCAGAUAUAUAUCCCGAACCUGAGAAAUUUAUGCCGGAACGCUUCACUGACGAGGAAAUCGCUGCGAGACCUUCGUGCACCUGGCUUCCAUUUGGCGAAGGUCCCCGGAACUGCAUUGGACUUCGAUUCGGGUUGAUGCAAACCUGCGUGGGACUGGCCUACCUGAUCAGAGGCUACAAGUUUAGUGUCGCGCCAGAGACGCAAAUACCUAUGAAGUUUGUCGUGAAAAACAUACUUAUAUCCGCCGAUAAUGGAAUCCAUCUGAAAGUGGAGAAGCUUUAACAAGACUCAGUUAAUAAGAUUAAGUUUUAUAAUGUAAUGCGCAUCCCAGCUGUUUAAAUUAUUAAAUAAAAUGACAAGCUAGGAUUGCUUAAUAGGUGUAAAGCA